GGAAAGCCGUCAGGAGUCUUUAAUCUCUGCAGCAAAUCAAAUGUCAAAUGUCUGUUACAUCUCAAACAAUUUACUUUUGUCCACAAUUUAGGAGGUAGUAGAGAAUGUCUUUUCGUGGAAGAGGAGGUGGAGGAGGAAGAGGAGGUGGCUUCAAUCGUGGAGGAGGUGGCGGUGACAGAGGUGGCUUUAAUCGUGGUGGACGAGGUGGCUUUGGACGGGGAGGUGGACGAGGAGGCUUCAACAGAGGCGGAUAUGACCAGGGGCCUCCAGAAAGGGUAGUUUUAUUGGGAGAGUUCAUGCAUCCAUGUGAAGAUGACAUUGUUUGUAAAUGUAAAACAGAAGAAAACAAGGUGCCUUAUUUCAAUGCCCCAGUCUACUUGGAUAACAAGGAACAGAUUGGCAAAGUGGAUGAAAUCUUCGGACAGCUGAGAGAUUUUGUAUCCUUCAAAAAAAUGUGUGACAUACAGUAUUUGUUUUUUAAAGGCUGAUUAAUUAUUAAAUGGAAUUUCCCUAGGAUUUUAAAAUGGUUCAAGGCUUGGCUACCAGUUAGGUGCAAGCAGUCUAGCUGCAAUUGCUGGUGUCAGUAGGUGCCCUGUUCACAUUAAAUGCCUGUCUUAAAGCUUUUUCAUUAUGACAGUGUAUCUUAUGUCAGGUAGAGGUUUUCAGUCAGUACCAGUACUGGCAGACGUCUUUUGGAUCCAUGGUGGCUCAAGAUGUUAUGUUUUCUAGCCACCUGACCCAAAUUUUCUGCUAUUGCUUACUCAUCUAUAACAGAGUUGGAUCAAGGGCAUGUUUGGGGGGGGGUGUGUGUGUGUGUGCAUUAGGGGACCUUGCUCAUGUUUCAUUUUGUUAAUUAUAAAAGUGAGUUUGUGCUAGGAUGUCCUGUUGCUCAUUGUCCAGCUUAUUACUUAAACUGCC